GAGGGGGAGAGAGAGGGAGAAGGAGAGAGAGAUGGGGGACGGGAGCGGCAACAACCGCGGCGGGGGAGGCGGCGGCAACAGACCGGCGUGGCUGCAGCAGUAUGAUCUGGUGGGAAAGAUCGGCGAGGGAACGUACGGUCUGGUAUUCCUCGCCAAGAGCAAGCUCCAGUCUAACAGGGGCAAAUGCAUUGCCAUCAAGAAAUUCAAGCAAUCCAAAGAUGGCGAUGGCGUCUCUCCGACUGCCAUCCGAGAGAUUAUGUUGCUUCGGGAAAUUUCCCAUGAAAACGUUGUCAAACUUGUGAAUGUUCACAUCAAUCAUGCUGAUAUGUCACUCUAUCUAGCAUUCGACUAUGCCGAGCAUGACCUUUAUGAAAUCAUCAGACAUCACAGAGAAAAGGUCAACCAGCCUAUUAAUCAGUACACAAUUAAGUCAUUGCUCUGGCAGCUGCUCAAUGGGCUCAACUAUCUUCAUAGUAAUUGGAUAAUACAUAGAGAUCUGAAGCCAUCUAACAUCCUGGUCAUGGGUGAGGGAGACGAACAGGGAGUUGUAAAAAUUGCUGAUUUUGGGCUUGCCAGGAUAUACCAGGCCCCCUUGAAGCCAUUAUCUGAAAAUGGGGUUGUGGUAACAAUUUGGUAUCGUGCUCCGGAGCUGCUCCUUGGGGCCAAGCAUUAUACCAGUGCUGUUGAUAUGUGGGCUGUUGGAUGCAUCUUUGCUGAAUUGCUGACCUUGAAGCCGCUUUUUCAAGGAGUGGAAGUCAAAGCUACACCCAACCCUUUUCAGCUCGAUCAACUGGAUAAGAUAUUUAAGGUCUUAGGCCAUCCUACACCAGAAAAGUGGCCUAUGCUUGUUCAUCUUCCACACUGGCUAUCGGAUCAACAACGUAUCCAAGGCCAUAAGUACAAUGAGAGCCCUGGUCUCUUUAGUUUUGUUCAUCUGUCUCAAAAAAGUCCUGCAUACGACCUUCUCUCAAAAAUGCUCGAAUAUGAUCCUAGGAAGCGUAUAACUGCGGCACAAGCAUUAGAGCACGAGUAUUUCCGUAUUGACCCACUACCCGGGAGAAAUGCACUGGUACCUUGCCAACCGGGAGAGAAAGCUGUCAAUUACCCCGCUCGUCCGGUGGAUGUCAAUACAGAUUUUGAAGGGACAAGCAGCGUUCAACAAUCUCAACCGGCAUCUGGAAAUACAGUUUCUGGGAGUGUAGCCUCUGUGGUGGCUUCUAGACCCACUGCUCGGCAGAUGCUAGUUGGGAUGCAAAGGAUACCUGGAGCAGGCAUGACGGCUUUUAAUCUUGCCUCUCAGCCAGGGCUGGGUGGUAUUAAUCCUGGCGGCAUUCCUAUGCAGCGGGGUUCCGCUGCUCAGGCUCAUCAGCAGUUGAGAAGGAAAGAUCCAAGUGGGAUGGGGAUGCAAAAUACAGGAUAUCCGCAGCAGAAAUCGAGGCGCUUUUGAGGCAGCAAUUACUGAACUGGGGCUCUCAUAUCAGCCACACCAUCAAAUGGCAACUUAUUGAUGUCUGGCAGCAAUAGACUCAGAGGACGAGGACGUCACAUGCUUCCUUGGCACUGCUCAAAUGAGGAUGAGAAACCGUGCUGCGCAUAAAAAUGCUAGCAGGCACAUUUCUCAACACGCAAGAUUGGGUCCCUUCCAUUAUGCCCCAGCACUGGUCACUCAUUUCACGUUCCGCUGUUCUGUAACAUUUAUAUAUUUGUAUGUGUAUGUUCAAUGGUGAAGCUUGCUUCAAGUGUUUGAUACAGCUCCCAACACUCUGUAAUCACAACAAGAGCUCUCACAGUCCGUUCCUGAGGUUAAAACUGUUUUGGAGAAAUGUCAACGCAUGUGAUGAUACAUGGUAUUCUGCA